UCCCUCCCUCCCUCCCUCCCUCCCUCCAAUGGCGGGUUGGGCCACCGCCCCGCCGCCGCGCCGCGGUUCCGCUGCGCGCGGGCGGGCGUUGUUGAGCCUUGUGGCGGUGGUCGCCGCGGUCGCGCCGGCAUCCGAGCCGGGGGCGGUCGUCGACGGCACCGCGUACAUCGUGGAGACCAUCCCGUUGGACACGUCAACGGAGCUGGUGGAGGGUGGCAGGCACACGUGGGAGGUGCUGCUGCAGUUCAUCCGCGAGGCCAGGGAGAAGAUCGACUUCACCCCGCCCUCCGCCAUGUACUGGCGCCUGCUGCACAGAAAGGAGAAGAAGAAUGCCAGCUGGGCCUACGACCGGGGGGCCGAGGUGCACGCGGCACUGCGGAGCGCGGCUGGGCGAGGCGUCAAACUCCGUGCACUUUGCGGAGCAGGACUUGACGACCAUUCAGAGGACCAUCGAGAGAUUGAAGACCUCCAAGGAGAAUAUCCAGAUUUCAUCUCGUUCCAGAUAUACGACCCCCGGACCUGGUACGGCGGUGGCAUACAGCACAUGAAGUUCUGGAUAUUCGACGACACCCGCGGCAUGAUCACCAGCGCCAACAUGGACUGGAAGUCCCUGUCGCAGGUACCUGGCGUCAAGAAGGUCUUCGGCUCUGCUCGUGAGUGAGAUGGCUGGAGCGGGAAUUCCCGCAGCGUUCGAUCGAGAUGCCGAUGGGCGAUCCUGCAGUUAGAGCACAGGGCGAUUGGCCAGGUAACGACGAUCUAAGAGAAAAGGACAACGUCCAGUUUACCACGCAGGCACUUGAAGGAG